CAUUAUUACAGUAUUAUUAUCGUAGCUCCAGCUGCUCUUUCUCUCUCUUAAAUUCCAGCUUUUCUAGAAACUCCUGAAUCAUUUUUUCCGAUAUUCUCUCUUCCCCAAUCCCAAUUUUCAUUCGCAUUUCGUAAAUCUAUUUUAAUUUAGAUUCUGUUUUCAGCAACAACAAAUUGUGUCAAGUUUGAAAUUUUUUCUGAAAAAGAAUUUUGAUCCAAGAUCAGAAGAGGCAAUUGAUCCUGAUUGAGAUUAGGGUUUUGAAAGUCAAAAUCUCAAACAUUCAGCGAUUUUUGAGGAGAAGAAGGAGAAAGAAAAUGUUACAUGUGAUCAAACCGGUGAGGUUGAGGCUGCUAAGGGGGAGAAAAUGAAGCUUUGAGCAUCCAAUUUGAUAUCGGAGAGCGGUGAAUGCGGGAGUGAUUGAUUCCCGAGCCCGAGGCUCGGGAUUAGGAUUGCUACUUUGUUUAAUUGUUUUUAAGUAAUAAGGGGAUAAGAAUCAAUGGCGGCUGUGCCGGAGAAGGAACCACCGCCGACGCCGCAGCCGCAAGACAUCACCAUUAGUUUAGAGAAUGAUCAGCAACAGUGCUCUUCUAGCAUCUCUAGCUUGUUACCACCUCCUCCUGAGGGUUUUAUGCAGAAAUUCCGCCUUUAUCAGACUGAAUCGAAUUUCUACAUGGUAGGAAGGGACAAGAGCCGCAGAUAUUGGAAAAUUUUGAAAAUUGACCGAUCGGAACCAUUUGAGUUAAACAUUCGAGAAGAUGUUGCUACCUACUCUGAGGAGGAGUGUUCUGUGCUUUUGAGAACGAUACAUCAUGGAAAUAAAGCCACUGGUGGGCUUAAAUUUGUCACCACUUGUUAUGGCAUUGUUGGAUUUAUUAAAUUCCUGGGGCCUUAUUAUAUGUUGCUUAUAACGAAAAGGAGGCUGAUUGGUGCAAUUUCUGGGCAUAAUGUGUAUUCCAUCGCCAAAAGUGCGAUAAUUACUCUUCCGAAUUCUGCAGCCCGAUCCGAAAUGAUGAUUAACUAUAAGAGCGAGAACAGAUACAAGAAGCUUCUAUGCAUGGUUGAUCUCACAAAGGAUUUCUUCUUCAGCUACUCAUACCAUGUUAUGAGAAGUCUACAAAAGAAUAUGUAUGACACUGUGACAGGGAAUGCCGUUUAUGAAACCAUGUUCGUCUGGAAUGAGUUUUUGACUCGUGGGAUACGGAAUAUUCUCCAGAACACUGUUUGGACAGUUGCAUUAGUCUAUGGAUUUUUUCUGCAGGCUACGCUGUCUAUUUCUUCUCGUGAAUUCAAGCUUACUCUCAUAGCUAGGCGUUCACGUCAUUAUGCUGGCACCAGAUACUUGAAACGUGGUGUGAAUGAGAACGGCAAGGUUGCAAAUGAUGUCGAGACUGAACAAAUUGUAUUUGAAAAUGUUCCUGAGGGGUUACCUGUGCAAUUUAGUUCUGUAGUUCAGAAUCGUGGUUCAAUCCCACUUUUCUGGUCGCAGGAAACUUCACGCCUCAAUCUUAAGCCCGACAUUAUAUUGUCAAAAAGAGAUCAGAGAUAUGAGGCCACCAGACUUCAUUUUGAGAAUCUGUUCAGUAGAUAUGGACAUCCCAUAAUCAUCUUGAAUCUGAUAAAGACUACCGAGAAGAGGCCACGAGAAUCCAUUUUGCGGACUGAGUUUGCGAAUGCUAUUGAGUGUAUUAAUAAAGAUCUCUCAGAAGAGAAUAGACUCAGGUUUCUUCACUGGGAUUUACACAAACAUUCUCGAAGCAAAGCUACCAAUGUCUUACUCUUGUUGGGCAAAGUGGCUAUGUAUGCACUUUCGCUGACAGGUUUCUUCUACUGCCAAGUACCUGCAGCCUUACUAUCUCAGGGAUGUUUGAAAGGGCCCUCCCUUGAGGAGGGAUGUUUGAAAGCCCCCUCUUCUGAGGACUCUGUUGACAGUGACAUUUCACACUGUGAGAUUGAAAGCGAAAGCCACCACGAGAAUGGUGGUUUGAACUUGGAGAAUUUAGAGAAACGAUACACUGGAGGCAAUUUGGCCGAUGGUUGUUCUUUUAGCAAGCCACCAAUGUUCCAAAACGGAGUGCUAAGGACAAAUUGCAUAGACUGUUUGGAUCGCACUAAUGUUGCACAGUAUGCUUACGGGUUGGCUGCCUUGGGAUAUCAACUACGAGCUCUUGGUGUAAUAAAUUCCCCAAAAAUUGAACUUGAUGAUCCUUUGGCUGAUGAAUUAAUGGGCUUCUAUGAGAAGAUGGGGGAUACGCUUGCUCAUCAGUAUGGUGGCUCAGCUGCUCACAAUAAGAUUUUCUCUCAGCGGAGAGGUCAAUGGAAAGCUGCUACUCAAUCGCAAGAAUUCUUUAGAACCUUGCAGCGCUAUUAUAGCAAUGCUUACAUGGAUGCAGAGAAGCAAAAUGCCAUCAAUGUAUUCUUAGGCUAUUUUCAGCCUCAACCGGGUCAACCUGAAGUGUGGGAGCUGGAUUCUGAUCAGUCUUAUAAGUCGACUAGGAAUGGGAAAUCAAGUUGUGAAGAAAAUGAAAGGUUAUUUUUCAAAAGAUCUCUAUCGGAUGGGAACAUUUUACGUCAAAGCCACACUCCAAUGUCCUCUUCGAACAUGGAAAAAGAUUAUUCUACUUCCGAUUUCUCUGAUACACCUGAAGAAGGGAGGAAAGUGUUGUCUGAGUCAACACCAGAUAUUCCAACUUGUGAAAGUGAUAUGUCGUAUCCGAGGUUCACUCCUUCCAUGCAACCAAGGGAACUUUUUGUAGAUACCCCGAGAGAGAGAUAUCUUGAGCAUGAAAAUGGUGAUACCUUUGAUUCUUCAAAUUUUGUUGAUCUGGAUUGGCUGUCUUCCUCUGGAAAUUCAUGUGAAGAAGAGAUACUUGAGAGAUCAAUGCUUACAUCACCAAUUGCUGGACUCUCAUCAGAGAGUGUUGGUAAACAAUUGUCAGGGGAAACACUUCAUUCUAUCAGUGAGUGUGGAUCCAGUGAGAAGGUUAGCAUCCUUGCCUCCUUCCCUGCCACAAAGCAUUGUUGUCCAAAGCAGGAGGCAUAUAAAUCUUAGAAAAAGGGAGAUGGAUUUCAAAAUUUUGCUGAAUUCAUUGGAUUUUUUUUCUUGAUCUUGACGUGUUUACUCCUUAAUACACACAUUACUUAGUUUGGCAAAGAUGCCGAGGCUUAUGGUUUUACAACAACCUACUAUAUUUCCGACUUCGCUGCGUUCUGAAGGUCAAGAUUUACACAGCCUUACUAUUUCAAUAUAGAAAGGCUGUUUUAGUACUACCCAAGAUAUUUCAACAUAGCCUUACCACCCCCAACCCCCCGCCCCCCCCUCCCCCGUAUAUUUUGCCGAAGGCAUAUGAUUUUACUUUGGGUGAUAUUUCGUUUGUCUUUUCUAAUAAUAUUUUCUUUCCUUGUGCCUUUUUUUUUCAGGGCAGGGACCAUAUUGGAACUGAGUUGCCCUAUAGUGAUAGCUAUCGUAAUGAAAUACGUGAGAAAUACUCGGAAAGUUUUGUACGUUGGGUAGACUAUGGGGAGACACUCUGUCAUUGAGUUCCUUGUUGAGUUCUUUGUCAUGGCGGCAUGGUAUGAGCAUUUUGCAGGUUUAAUUAUAGACACUGGUCGACAGUUAGUUGCAAGAGGAAAGGAAUGGAUUGCUUUCCGUGGGGAACAUUUUCAUGGAGGUUGGGGGUG